UCUUUAUUCCUCAAAACCAGUUGCGCAAGUUUUUCACCGUAUCGCAGUGUGAGCCGGCGUGACGCUGCGCCUGCCCGGGUAUCGGCGGCUGAGAUCGGCUUAAAGAGACAACAGCAACACCACAGGAACUUGAGGGCAAGAGAAAAACGAAACGACAAAGAUACCCUCAAACGAAAAAAAAAACAUGACUUCGAGUGCGUUUGGAUAGCAGACAUGUGAAGGUAACGCGCUUCCCUUUGGCGAAAAGAAACGCAUUCGUACCUGUUGGUUUUUAAGAGAGCGGCCCCGUCGUAAGAUCUCCACCAGACAUCAAACCCACUAGUGACCCGUUUCUCGCAUCGCUGUUCUCUUUGACUCUGGGUUGCCACAUCUGAUGCCGCCCUUCAACAUGGGGAGUGAUCACUGUGUCACUGAAGGCUGACCAGAAGGAAUGAGGAACUCCAGGACAUGUUCCAAAGAGGCCUCGUGGAUGCACUAGCUGGGUUUCGGAGUGCUUUUUUAUGACAAGUAUUGUAUCUGCCUAUUCUUCAGGCAGGGACAUGCUACUCUGAGACUGGAGCUGGAGAUACUCAAGAUUGGAGUCCCUCCGGUAAACGAGGAACACAAAGUCAAAAGGAAGCACUCCCCAGAAGAGCUCUUGGAUUGGACCACAGGGCGCUUCUGAACCGUUGGCCAUUUUAACAGCAACACCAUCCGUCUGUCCUGUGAGAUUUCUGUCUCCCUACGCCUCCCUAAAGAGUUAUUGGAGUUUCUAUGGUUUGCAUGGCUGGAGAAUAACCGUGGAGAGGCCAGGGUAUCACAAGCUUAUGGAUUUUGAUAAGAGAGGGGGCAAGGGAGAGACUGAGGAAGGGAAAAAGAUGUCUAAGACAGCAGGCAGCAGGACUGGACAUGGGGGCCGGAGUUCGGGGACCAAUUCUGGAGUUCUUAUGGUUGGCCCAAACUUUCGUGUGGGUAAAAAAAUUGGCUGCGGGAACUUUGGAGAGCUCCGGUUGGGAAAGAAUCUCUAUACUAACGAAUAUGUGGCCAUCAAAUUGGAACCUAUAAAGUCCAGAGCACCACAGCUCCAUUUGGAAUAUAGAUUUUACAAACAGUUGGGGACCUCAGAGGGAAUCCCUCAAGUGUACUACUUUGGUCCGUGCGGGAAGUACAAUGCCAUGGUGCUGGAGCUGCUCGGGCCCAGUCUAGAGGAUCUCUUUGACCUCUGUGACCGUACCUUUUCCCUCAAGACCGUCCUCAUGAUAGCCAUACAGCUGAUAACACGGAUGGAGUAUGUCCACACCAAGAGCCUGAUAUACAGAGAUGUGAAGCCAGAAAACUUCCUGGUGGGGCGGCCGGGAAGCAAGAGGCAGCACACGAUCCACAUCAUUGACUUUGGUCUGGCCAAAGAGUACAUAGACCCCGAGACCAAAAAACACAUCCCCUACCGGGAGCACAAGAGUCUGACUGGCACGGCCCGCUACAUGAGCAUCAACACACACUUGGGAAAGGAACAAAGCAGAAGGGACGACUUGGAGGCACUGGGUCACAUGUUCAUGUACUUUCUCCGAGGUAGCCUCCCCUGGCAGGGCCUAAAGGCAGAUACUUUGAAAGAGAGGUAUCAGAAAAUCGGAGACACCAAACGAGCGACGCCCAUUGAAGUGCUUUGUGAAAGCUUCCCUGAAGAGAUGGCAACCUAUUUGCGCUAUGUGAGGAGGCUGGACUUCUUUGAGAAACCGGACUAUGACUACCUGAGGAAGCUCUUCACCGAUCUCUUUGACAGGAACAACUAUGUCUUUGACUAUGAAUAUGACUGGGUCGGCAAGUCACUUCCGACACCGAUAGGCCCCAUCCCCAGUGACACGCCCCUGCAGGCCAGCAGCAGAGACAAGGCACAACAGCAGACCAAAAACCAGUCGCCUGAGCCCAAAGGAAGUGAGUCUCAGCCCACUCCAGUGACCAAUAAGGAGACUCUGGGGUCGCACCUCACAGCUGAGCGGCUGGGGGGCUCUGUUCAGGUGAUGAGCUCAACAAACGGCGAGCUGAACACUGAUGACCCCACAGCCGGACACUCCAACGCUCCCAUCACCGCUCCCACCGAGGUCGAAGUGGCUGACGAAACCAAGUGCUGUUGUUUCUUCAAAAGGAGAAAGAGGAAAACCCUCCAGAGACACAAGUGAUGGAAGACAAUGGAGAGAACUUGAAACAUUGUGGUCACCGUCGAGUUUUAAACACAGGCCCCUUUUCUCUUUCCAGUUCCCCCCCCCCCCCCCUCUUCAUCCCUCAUCUAAUUCCCACUGUCACUCUGUACCUCACCCCCCCCCCCCCUCUCUCUCUCUCUCGUUGUCGGUGGUCGCGGCCGAUGGCGAGUCAAAGGAAUGUUGCCGUUCUACUGACUCCACAACAGACUCUAGAUUCCUUUUUAUCAACGAAAAAUAAACGUAUCUGCAUUACAGCGGGGUGGGGGGGCACUUGGGAAACAAGUGAAAAGUUGUAACAAUGAAACUCGAAUACGGUGGCGUGAAUAGGAAAAAACAGCCGUGUAUUCUAGAUUCCACCAGAACGUGUCAGCUGUUGAUCAGGGGAACCAGUCGAGUGGUUCAAGUGAAAGAAACUUGCUCUGUAGGUUUAUUUUAUUUUUUUGUCCUUUUCUUUCUUUGGUGUGUGUUUUGGGAUCAAGGUAAACUGAUGCUGAUAUGACAUUUGAGUGACACAGGAAGCAAUUUAUCUAUAAAACAGAAUUUGGAGGAUUUUUAUGUUGUUUUUUUGUAAUUGAAUCCUCAGUUUUUGAAAUCAAAGCCCUGCAUUGAAAACGUAUUUUUAUGUUUUAGCGUUCUGGAGUUCAAUGAUUUUCCUCCCUCUGGCUUCUUUUUGUUUGUCAAUGUGGAAUUUGUAGCACAGUCACUGGCCUCAGGUACUGUGGAAGAUUGGGAGAAAUUCAGCUCUCUUAUUAUUAUUAUUAUUAUUAUUAUUGCACUUUUGGAGAAAAAAAAGACAAAACAAUAACAUUGGAAAACAUUAGGUGUGAAAUUAAGGAAAUAACUUAAUAAAGACUGACCUGGGAAGAGUGCUUCACAACGCUUACAUCUGAGUUAUGGCCAAAAAAUGCGGUCAAUUUACGUAAAGAAAAAAGAUGUCUUUUGAUUUUUACUUCGCAUAUCAAAAUAAUUUACCAGGAAAUCAUAAUUCGUGCCUUUCUAAGUACAAGUUUUAAAGCUGAAGUGGCAUUUUAUCUAAUCUGUCCCAAAUACUCACUGGAUUAUUCUGUCUGUCUGUGGUUGUGUGUGUGUGUGUGUGUGUGUGUGUGUGUGUCUGCGUGUGUGUGGGGAGGUUUUUGUAAGGUAAUGUGUUUAAUGAAUGUGCACAUCACACAUCAGCAGUAUCUACAUCCCUUCAUCUGCUGUGACAAUCGACACGCGUGUGCAGAGGUCUUGUUUGGUUUGGAGAGAUCAGUACUGUAUGUGUGUGUCUGUGCGUGUGUGUGUGUGCGUGUGCGUGUGCGUGUGUGUGUGUGUGUGUGUGUGUGUGUGUCUGUGUGCGUGUGUGUGUGUGUGUGUGUGUGGAAGAGGUAUCACAGACAACCCAAUGACGGCUCCAUGAGGUUUACUUUUCAUGAGGUACAUCAUGUCUAUGGAGGUAAUGCGCUGCUGGUCCUCCUAAAAGUCCGUGCACUCACCUGAAAACCUGAUUGCCCUUUUUUUACUUCCUCGCUGCUGCUAACAACUGGGCUGCAACUAAUGAUUAUUUUCAUGAUCAAUUAAUCUGCUACUAUUUUCUUGAAUGACCAUUUGGCCUUGAAAACUACAAAGAAUUGACACUGUUACCCAACUGUCCAAACACUAAAAUAUGAAAUUAAUUCUAAUGAGACGAUUCACAUUUUGAAAGCCUAGAACCCUCAAUGUUUUUCAUUUUUGCUUAAAAAAUGAGAAAUAAUGAAUUGAUUUAAAUAGCUGCUGAUUAAUAAUCUUUUGAUUGACUAUAAUCAUUGCAGCUCUAGUUUAAUUCUUCUCUUCGAUGGUUUAUUUUAUGUGUUCUUUGUUUCCUGGCCAAGAUGAAAGAUGUGUGUCUGGCUUGAUGCUCUGUCUGUGUUCAAAUGUCUCCUAAUGUUUUAAGCUCAUCAGCGAUUACAACUUUUCUGGCCUUCAGUUGUUUAGAGGAGGAGCCCAGCGGCAUUUCCUGUUACGCUUGCUUUGAGUGGUUGACUCACAAGGGGCAUUAAAAUAAAAAAAGUGAUCUAAAUGGAAGCAGCAGCAUUCAAGGUAUUCCCACUAGUGUCCAAUUCCACUAACCACUGGAUUCUACAUUUCCCAUAAUGCAAAUGGGUUGUCUUCCAAUAGUUAUUUCCUGCCUCCCCCUUCCUUAAAACAGUUUGUAAUGCAGGCCUCCCGUUAAAAGCCCACAAGGGUCACAUCUUUAAUUGAGCUCAUUAUUUAAGAACUCAGAAAGCGCCUCCAAACCAGUGUAGUGUCCCAUUAAAGCUUCAUUAUUAUAAUCCCUUCUAGUCUUGACUUUAGAUCACUGACUGAGCAGCAAGUGUGUGAUGAGAAUGACGAACACGACCACAAAUCAGCUGUCAAACAUGAAAAGGUUUGGUUGAUUUUUCGGGUAAAUAUUACAAAAGGGCAAUACAUAUUGCAAAUGUUUAAAUCCAUGAUGGAUUGAAUAUACAAAUACUUGACAUCAGAGGCCAGUGGAGAUGCUAUUUUUGAUUUCAGUUUCAACAUCUGCAUGGGGGCGGGGGGGGGGGACCCAAAUGAUUUCAGGUUAUGAAGGAGAGAAGCUUGAGUUUAACGAAUCAAGUGGAUUCCCGCUUGAAUCGCACAUGGUGUGAUGAGCAGAAGGAGGAACUAUCUGUAUGUGUAACUCAUGCGUUUCAAAGCCUCUAAUUGACCCUGCACCGUAGGCGUGUACAUUGCGUUGCUGUGUAACUCUACAAAUCGAAUGCAGUUGCUCAGAGGGUGACGUCGGUGUUCCUCCGCGCCGCCGACGGCUCAGAAAAUGCUUUUGUUGGCGCAUUAAAUUAUUCUCUGAAAGCUAAACCGGUUCAGCUGACCCCAGCUUGGCAUAAUCCAUUACACUGCGUUUAUUAAAUGAUUUGAUAAUUGAGAUUUUUCUUUUCUUUCUUUUUUUGUUGGAGAUGCUCAGACCAAGGUUGAACUGUGUUUUUGCUCAACGUCUGUUAGUGAAUCUACUUGCAUUAUGUAUUUGUAAAUAUGACAACGACAGAUCUCUAAUUGUGAAUAAAGGACGUUUUAUCACAGGA